UUGAUAUGCCGAAGAGAAAGCUUGAGGCAAAACAUUUCAAACAUAUGUUGUUGUUUUGAUAAAUUUGACAGCUUUAGUAUUGUUUCUGGGGUUAAACAAAGGACGAAGAGAAGCUUGUAUGCUUGGGAAUCGAGUGGAUUUUGGCAUAGCUUCGCACAGACGGACGAGCGGCACCUUGACACAUGAAACGAUAUCUGUAGUGUUUGAGUGUAAGGCGCUAUCGCAAAUUAUGAAUGUCUGAUGCUUGUUUGAACAGCACUCGUCUGCCGUUUUCGCGAGAUAAUUGGGAAUGAGAAAGCAUGGGAAAAGAGCAAGAACUUGUUCAUUCUAUCCGGAGGAACGAUGUGGAGUCAUUCCGAAAGAUAAUAACGAAAUUCAAGUCGAAAUCGAGAAAAGGAAAUAAGAAACCUUCUCUUCAUAUUAUUGAUCAUGAUGGAUUCAUUCCUCUCCAUCAUGCUGCCCUCAGUGGAAAUGGUGAGAUUGUCAUGGGAUUAUUGGAGUUUUCAUGUGAUGUUAAUGCCAAGGAUAAGAAAGGAAUGACGCCGCUGCAUCUGGCAGCAUGGGCAGGGAAAGUGGAGCCUGCGUUACUGCUUCUUGAUGCUGGAGCUGAGACAAAUCUUUGCUCUCGAAGUGGAGCUACACCUUUACAUCUGGCUUCAGAACAUGGAAAUUAUGGAGUGGUUGAGCGCUUGGUUGAUCAUGAUUGUGAUCCUACAGUAGUGAACAAUCAAGGUGAAACUGCUUUGGAUCUCGCAUGUCGAUUUGGCCAUUUGGAGGUUGUCCGAAUCUUGCUCAACAACAGCCGUGGAAAAUGCGAAAAGUUGUUGAAUCCAAAAGAGUUUCAGGAAAAAGCAUCGCCCAUGCACAUGGCAGCCAAAACAGGCCAUUUUGACGUUGUCAGGUUGUUGGUUGAGUCAGGCGCUGAUAUCAACCAGAGAGGACCAACUGGAACAUGUCUUCAUGAAGCUGCACUUUAUGGAAAGACUGAUGUUGUGAAGUACUUGGUUGAGGCUGGAAUUGAUGUGAAUUUGAAAAACAGAGAAGGACAGACAGCCUUGGAUAUGGUCACAGAGUUCACCAAGUCAGGAGCUUCGUCUGAGAUUAAGCAUUUGUUACGAGAAGCAUCAGUGGAGGUAGUCUAUGCAAAAGCUGUGAAGGACUAUGCAAACAUAACAAAUGAUUCUUUCUUGACUCUGCGGAUGGGCGACAUUGUAUUGGUUCUUGACAGACGGAAGGACGGAAUGUGGAAGGGAUGCGUGAGAGAUGAUCAUAAGGAAAGAAUCGGAUAUUUUCCCUCGUCUGUUGUCCAAGUUCUUCGAUCGCCUCGCAAUUCAGUGAAGCGUUCGUCUAGUUCGUCCAGCGAGGCUUCGAAAUUCUCAACUCUUGGAACAGUUUCAAAUUCGUUUGAGAUUGUGACCGUCGCACCACCCAGUCAACCAGUAGCAGGCAAACCUCGUGCUCCGAGAAUGAGUAGUUUCCGUAAGAAACCGCCGAAUAGAUCUCAAUCAGAACCUGACGACCGUUCGUCUCGUGUUGCCCCGAACAAUGGCGAAGCAGCCCGAAGCGCGGCCGAGCGUUCACGAUCUGUGAACGAAGUAGAUGACAGCAAAAAGAAACUAAACUAUUUGGACAUAAUGAUCGUGGAUAAUCAAAAUAACAAGUCGGGGAACCCCUCAUCUCCGAAGACGAAAACGGAAUAUGCCGAUGUUUGGGUGCCGAAUUCUGACGGUGCAGAGCAAAUGGACGGCAAGAAUGCUACAACCGCUCCCAAAAAGGAUGUCGGAAGGACAAAUGAAACUCAGAAAUCGGUGCGAGUGAACGGCAGUUAUGCCAGGCUGGGACAACAGAUGCUCGGGAAGCAAGGAGCUGAAGACAAGGAGAAACUUCGAUUGGAAUUACAGAGACAGCAAGAGGAACGAAUGAGAAGACAACAAGAGAGGGUUGAGCAAGAGAGCAGACAACAACAGCAACAACAACAACAACAGCAACAACAACAAUCAUUAACCUACAAUCAAGAACAACAAGGAGCAGCUAUUGUAAACCAGGGACAACAAGGAGCAGCUAUUGUAGACCAGGGACAGCAAAGGUCGUUGUCCGAAUCACAGCUUCCAGUGAACCCAGUACAAAAAUCUCGACAUUACACCAUGUCAUCGCUGGUGACGCAUUCACCAGACCUUUCUCCUCUGCCUUUGAAGAAACGACACUCGCUGUCCGGGGAGAGACCCUCCUUUGAUUCGGGGCUAAAGAACGAUAAAAAGAAUCGAUCUUCGUUGCGAGGUGACAGAAGGAUGACAUCACCCCCUCCACCACCCCCUCCGCCACCCUCGUGCUCUACCACGCCAUCGCCCGUGUCAAGUGAUGUUUCAUCUCAAAGCACACCAAGAUCACCCUCGCCUUCUCUACCCCCACUCCCUAAACCCAUGGAUGUGUCGCCGCUUUCCCCGAUUCUUCUCAAGAAAGGUGUGCAAUCUCCAACAUUCUUUAAACAGCCCGUUCAAAUACCAACACCAAAGUCACCCCAGCCCCAAGCGGAAGAAUUACCCCCCGCCGUUUUCAAGAAGCCCGUUCGACCACCCUCACCUUCAUUCCCCCCUCCCCCAGCUUCAUUCCCCCCUCCACCAGCAUCCUUAUCAGAUACAACAGAAACAACAAAUGUUAGUAAUCAACUUAAUGUAAACCCCCAGGUUAAUCGUUCACCCUCGCCACCUCUCCCUCCUCCACCAGAGAACCUCACCUCUCCUUCAACUUCUUCUGUGAACGACUUCCCCCCACCGCCACAAGCACUCAUGGAAGCCUCCCCUAAGGCCUCUCCGACUCAUUCGCCACCGAGACAGAUGGAGGAUUCCCUUAACCUUAGCGAUGAAGAACCCCACUCCGAAGACCGAGAUUCUCUCCCCCACCCCCCACCUAUCACUCAAGAAUCAACCCAACCUUCAACCCCCGGAACUCUUCACCCACCUACGGGCUCACAAUCAGGCUACGAAGAUAUGACGAGACUCAAAGGACAAUGGACUAAACCAGAGGUUCAAGUUGACAAAAAGGGUUACGUUCUUAUCAACCCGGUGAAGCGUUCCUCUUCCCCGGAAUCCCCCGUGGUAGAGGCCCCCACCCCGCCCAAACCCUUGGCCAUCUCCUCAAAGUUUUACGAGAACUUUGUCCCGCUAAAAACGCGCCAUUAUGAGGUACGAAAGAUACCACGUCAUGUACCACACGAGGACGCCGAAAAUGCUGCAGAGGAGUCCAGCCACCUUAAGUCAGAUGUAUCCCAGAAACCCGAGAAACCUUGUCGUCACUGUUACGUAAACUGCGAAGUCAGCGGACAACAGCAGAGCACUGUAGAGCAAAAUCAUGAAUGUAGUGGCGACUGUCAAAAUUCUAAAGAUGAUUCGAACGAGAAAUCAACAGCAGGUUCCUUACCCGUCCUUCGUGUCCCCCCAGUGCCCCAAGUACCACCGGAUUCCUCGUCGGAUGCUCCAAGUUCAAGGAAGGUCGAAUAUGAUGAGUUGUAUGAUUGGCUGGCCCAAUCCAAGCUGCUGGCGUACAUGGAUAAUUUCGCGGGCGCUGGUUUUGACCUCUCUGCAAUGGCUGGACUAACUGCAGAAGAUUUAUCUGAUAUGAUGAUAACAAAAACUGGUCAUCGCAAAAGACUUUUAUCCGAGGCUGUGAAAUUGCCAAAACCAGUGAUCACGUACGAGAAUAACGUUCCAUCAUGGCUGAAAUCUCUGGGUCUGUCUGUCUACGAGAGUCAUUUCAUGGAUGGCGGUUUUGAUGACAUCGAAUUCCUGUACGACCUCACGAAGGAGGAUCUUGAUGCGAUCGGAAUCACAAAAGUUGGUCAUCAACGUAAAAUUCUCAUGGCGACCAAGAAAUUACAACAAAGAGAUAACGAGGAAGAGUUGACGACAGAAUGUAACUAUGUUCAAGAAGAUUGCAUGCUAGAAACGGAACGGACACAGCCUUCUCAUGAUGACGUCAAGUCCGUGGGUGUCACGCGCGAUUAUGCUGACGAGUGCGUGGGCGAGUAUGCAGUUCCCAGAGUAUUGAAUUUCGCCGGGAGUAAAACCAUCAGUGACGAUAACACGACAGUCGCACAUCGAGAACUCAGUUGCUCGGAGGAGCAAAUAUCGGACGGAGAAGAAUCGAAGAGAAUCAGCGAAGAUCUAGGACCGCAAGAGGAGUCACUCCAAUUAAAUAACGAAAAUAUCGAGAAAGAUUUGGACAAUAAAAACCUUACAGUUGAGAUGAAUGGGAACACGGAAGGCAGUGAUAAUAUUGACGGCGUGAAAGAGCUUGCAGCCUCUUUCCAACACGCAAUUCACGAGGAAACGGCUAAAGUGAAGGCCAAACCACCUCCAGUAAAACCCAAGUCGUAUAAGAAAGCUCCACCGCCCGUAGUCGCCCCUAAACCCAAAGCGAACGGAGUGAAAGUUAACAAAUUCAACCACAGUCCUACAGAUCCCAAUGCAAAGAUUGACUUCACGGAGGUGAUCAAGGAGGCUGAAGCUCUGUCAGAAAGUGGCUCGGAACAGUCUCCACCAUCGACGCUCGGUCGAGAUCGAAAAUCAGAAAGUGGCAUUUCAGUCGACAGUUCAUUGGCUGGCAGUCAGGGAUCAUUGAAUAGCGAAUCAGAAGAAUUCCAACGAGAAAUCAAAGAAACUCUUCAUCACAAACCUUCAACUGGUAAUUCAAUUGAAGACAUCACAAAACAAAGUUAUCUUACUUUGUCUCAAGAAGAUUUGCUGGAACAACAAAGACGCGAGGAAGAGGUGGAAAAAUACCAGCAGGAACAAAGUAAAACAGACAUGCUUUUCAACGAUAUCCAAGGAAUGUUGGAUAAUCUAAACUCGGAACUGGACGAUAUGUUUAAAUAGAUGUGAGUGAAAGAGAUCAAAUGAUAAUAUAUUAGACGGAAACAGGGCGGCGAAGGACAAGAGUUUGGUUGGUAAAUUGCAGCAUUUUGAUGGUCAGUUAUAGUAUGGUGGUGACCAAUAUCCAGAUAUGCUUUGAUAAAUAACUUUUGGGUGGUAAAGUCAAGUCAGGCUUGUUCAUGGUGCAUUGGAAAUGGAUGUGUAUGUAGUAGCUAGUAUAUCUAACUCUAGUUUUGCAUCUUUGAAUUUGCAAGGCUUGCCGCUUGCUACGCCACCAAUCAAGCCCUUGUCUAAUAGCGUUCAAGUAUUUGAUUCCAAGGGAACGUUUAUAAAUAUUCACUGUUUCUAUUCAGUGGAUGAUAUAGAAAUAUCAGAAACUAUUUAUUGGCUUUGAAGUACAUAUAUAAUUUGGUCGUUUACCAUUGUGGAAAUGAUGUAAACUUGCUUGUUGGUUAAGUUAUUCUUCUGUCUGCGUUCCAUGCAAAUAGGAACCAUGAUUAUAAUAGACAGAAACGUGUCUAAUUGGAAACAUUCGUUUAUGAGGUCGACAAAAUCUAAGUGAAGUUGCAUUUUUUUUCCACACUACGUUAGCUAGAAAUAAUUAUGUAUCGCAAGAUUUUGAGAGGCAGAAAUUUUACCAGAAAGUCGGCUUUCCUCUGUCGCGUUUUUCGCAUCCUUUCAAUGAUACUUAUGAAAUCAAGGAUUGAAUGUAGAUUCAUAGAGUUGGAUUCUGUUGAUGAUUUGGUAUGUUUGUUCUGGCAUAAAAUUAUUUAUACAACAACUUAGAAAGCUUUUACGUGCGUACACGUACGUGCAAAAAACGCGACAGUGGAAGGCAGCCCUUAUCCCAGAGGAAAGAGUAGUAGUAGUUCAUAACUCUUGACAAACUAACAUUCGUCGUUUCAAGUUUUUUACUAUGACUCAACUAUUUCCUAUCCGCAAGGAGGACACGUCAUUUUGACACGUUGUAAGUCACAUUUCCUAAAAACGUUUAUGGACGACACAGUUUAAUAAUACCUUCACAUCGAUUGAAGUGUCCAUUUUUGAUACAUAAAAUAAGAGCAAAACAUUGCAACUUCAAAGUUGCUUCUCAUGUAGUUAGUUUGUCCUGGGUUUGCAAUAGUUUAUUAGUGUGAUAAAUUUUUUUAACAAAUCAUAGCUUUGAAAUAUUCCCCGUUUUUAAUGAAGUUGUAAGUAUAUUGUAGAAUUUUAAUGUAUCAAUAAAUAUGUACGUGUGAGUUUGGUGCAACUUGAAACAGAAUUGAAAGGUUUUUGGUAUUUGAAGCUGUGCUCAAUGGCGCUGGU